UACUUUGUGGGAGGGCAGAAAGAUGGCGGCGCCCGUAAGGCGGCCUCUGUUAGGGGUAGCGAGGGAUUGGCGGCGGUUCGAGGGGCUCUGGGCCAGUGGCCUGGGUUCUCGCAGCCUGGCCCUUGCGGCCGCACCCUCGAGCAGCGGGUCUCCAUGGCGCCUGUUGGGCGCAUUGUGCCUGCAGCGGCCACCGCUGGUCUCGAAGCCACUGACACCAUUGCAGGAGGAGAUGGCGGCUCUACUACAGCAGGUCGAGAUAGAGAGAAGCCUGUAUUCAGACCAUGAGCUUCGUGCUUUGAGUGAAGCCCAGCGACUAGCAAAGAAGAAAGCUGACCCUUAUGAUGAAGAAGAUGAUGAACGGAAAAUACUGCUGGUGCAGGAUUUGGAAGAUGCGUGGGAGCAGAAAUUCCUACAGUUCAAACCUGGAGCUCGCAUAACAGAAGCUGAUAAAAAGAAUGACCGGACCUCACUGCAGCGAAAGCUAGACAGGAACCUUGUCCUGUUGGUCAAAGAAAAGCUUGGAGACCAGGAUGUUUGGGUGCUGCCCCAGGCAGAGUGGCAGCCUGGGGAGACUCUCCGAGGAACUGCUGAGCGAACCCUGGCCACACUCUCAGAAAACAACAUGGAAGCCAAGUUCCUCGGAAAUGCACCUUGUGGCCACUACAAGUUCAAGUUCCCCCAGGCAAUGAGGACAGAGAGUAUUCUCGGGGCCAAAGUAUUCUUCUUCAAAGCACUGCUACUAACUGGAGACGUUUCCCAGGCCCGGAAGAAGGACAGUCAUGUGUGGGUCAGCAAGGAGGAGCUGGGUGACUAUUUGAAACCAAAAUACCUGGCCCAGGUUAGGAGAUUUCUCUUGGACCUCUGAUGGACUGAGCUGCCUCUGGACAAUGCUCGAACAGGUCUGCGAUCGGGGCCUUGGGCGUUUUGUUGUUGCCCCAUCUUUGCAGGGAAUAUCAAGCAGCGGACUACAUUCUGAGAAAUAAAUGAGUUUAUCUUUG